CCUCCCCAAAGUCGAAAAACCGGCAAUCCUCGGCGAUGUUGGCACUGUUCAUAUUCCAAUAUGAAAACCAAUUCUAAAUUUUCAGAACUACACAUUGCUCGUCAGUCGUCCACUUACUACGAACCACCAUGAAUUUUGAAAUUCCUGCAGACUUGCAAAAGUACUUGGACGACAUUGAUGCGUUCAUAGAGAAGGAGAUCAAGCCUCUACAAGAACAGGAUGACAACCAACGUUUCUUCGAUCAUCGACGCGAGCACUCACGUACCGACUGGGACAACCAAGGGUUGCCACGCAAAGAAUGGGAGGCUCUUUUACGCGAGGCCAUUCGCCGCGCGGACAAGGCUGGCUUUUACCGCUUCCAUCUACCCAAGGAGUACGGUGGACAGCAAGAGGAGGGUUCAAAUGGGAGAGGAAGCAAUUUGUGGAUGGCGGUAAUCCGCGAGCAUCUGGCUGCUAAAGGUCUGGGUCUGUUCAAUGACCUCCAGACUGAGCAUUCUGUGGUUGGAAAUUUUCCCGACGUGGUUAUGGUGAAGAAUUUCGGCAACGAAAAGCAGAAGAAGGAGCUGAUCGGAGGCCGUUUGCGGGGCGAAGUCCGAAUUACUUUUGGACUAACGGAGCCACUGCAUGGAAGUGAUGCCACACACAUGGCAACUCGAGCAGUGCCAGAGAAACGGAAUGGUGUGGACGGAUGGAAGAUCAAUGGCGCUAAGAAGUGGCAGACAGGAAUGCACCAUGCCACACAUUGCUUCAUCUUUGCUCGCACGCAAGGCAAGGAUGGUGAUGCUCGCGGCAUAACGUGCUUCAUUGUUCCGCCCAACAGCCCAGGAUUUAAGAUCGAGAGCUACGAAUGGACUCUGAACAUGCCCACAGACCACGCUACUAUAUCUCUCAACGACGUCUGGGUGUCACAUGAGGCCGUCAUUGGCCCUGUGCACAACGGUUUAGGCAUUGCGCAGGCAUUCGUACACGAGAAUCGCAUCCGGCAGGCGGCAUCGUCACUGGGCGCUGCGAUAUACUGCAUCAACCAGUCCAUCGAUUACGCCAACAAGCGUAAGCCAUUUGGCGUUCCUCUGAGCCACAACCAGGGCAUUCAGUUUCCGCUCGUUGAGCUGGCGACUCAGGCGUCUAUGCUGCGUCAGCUCAUAAGGAAGACGGCAGCGGAAAUGGACACGAUGCCACAUGUUGAAGUCGAGAAGAAGCUGGCCAAGGAGAUCAGCAUGUGUAACUAUUACGCCAAUCGACUGUGCUGUGAGGCUGCCGACCGAGCGAUCCAGGUGCACGGUGGGAAUGGAUACUGGCGAGGCAACGCCUUCGAGCAUAUCUGGCGGCACCAUCGCAGAUACAGGAUCACGGAGGGUAGCGAGGAGAUCCAGAUGCGGAAGGUAGCGGCACAUCUCUUUGGCUUUGGAGGUCGGCAGAGCAAAUUGUAGUUGAAUGUUCUGUACUCCCGAUAGUUUUCUGCUUUGGGUCCAAGGAAAGGAGAUGGAGCGGCCUCAGAUGAUCGGAGGAGGAUAGCCACUUGUUCUUCUACAUCUGUACUCUAUGCCCUGUUCUCUGAACUUUUGAGCGACGGCACAGCACAGCUCGGCUCGGGACAGCACAGCGCAGCACCGUUCAGUACAAUGCGCUACAAUGCAGUACAAUGCAGUACUAGUAAAAAGGUCGAUUUGCAAAAGUUCAAAAUCCCGAGCCUUGGAAGCUCGGCUCUCAC